GCACCUGUGUGCUCGUGCGGCAUCUGAAUGUAGAAAAGAUCUGCGUAAUUUGUGACCACAAAUCAGCUUUGUAUUGCAGAGCGGCACUGCGGCCGGAUCCCCAGGCUAGGUAGGGGCGUAUGGGUCUAGUUGCUCAGCAUGGCAAACGGCUCCCCUUUAAGCCCACCAGCAUGACAAAUCGCUUCCCUAAUGGGGCGAAAGCUUCUGCCCUUGUCGUCUUGCAAGACAGAUGUGACUUGUGACCUCAAAUCCGCAACGCAAAUUUUUGGAAACAUACCUUUUCAAUAUGGGGAGGGGGGAUUUUUCCUCUCAAUAGAAAUGUUGAAGCAGGAGGAAAAUUAUAAAGCUGAUGAUGACCACCUAAUCUUCCCGGAGGAGGUGAACGCCAGCACCAACAGUGGGCGAAGUUGCAAAACACCGUCGCCCUCCAAACAGUCCACGUCGAACAAGUCUUUUUCCCCUUCUAACAAGUCCACGACGCACAAGCUUGUCACGUACGGACAGCAAAGGAAAAACUUCUUGGCGCAGAUCAUGGGAGUUUGA